AGUUAGAAAAGUUAAUAAUAUUUCUCAAUAUGAAAAUAACAAAAAUGAUGAAAAUGCAGAAUAUAUAGGAUAUGUAGAAUAUGAUGAGGAAGAAAUAAUAGAUGCAGAUAAUGAAGAAAAGAUGAUGAAAAUGAAUAUAUUGAUUUUGAACCACAAGAAACAAACUGUUUUAAUAUAA